AUGAAACCUGAAAAGCUUUUCGGAAGGGAUGGUGGACCUUUCAAUAUCUCAUCAAAUCGGUUUCACCCCAAAACUUACGGAAGUUCCUUGUUUCGACAGAAGGGUGCUAGAAUUGCCAGUGUGAUCGGCUUAAUAUUUAUUGUCUUCAUGUUUUUCCACAGCUCUUUCUUUUCAGCUGUCGAGCAAAUACCCUCUUCCUUGUAUACGAUGAAGGACGAUCCUUCUUACCAUUACAAGGAGUAUGACUUACGUGACUUAAUGAAUGUAAAAUUUACUGGAGAUUACUCUAAAAGCGGGCAUAUUCUUAUUUGUGCUCCUCUUAGAAAUGCUCGGGACCAUUUGACUAUUUUUUUCGAUCAUUUGCGCAAAUUAAGCUAUCCUCAUCACUUGGUUGAUUUGGCCUUCUUAAUAUCUGAUACUGAUGAUGACACCUAUGAUUCUUUAAAGUCCAAGCUAGAAAUUAUUCAAAAAGAUGAUGAUCCAAAAGUGCACUUCAAUAGUGCGGUCAUUUAUUUAAAGGACUUUGGUGCAUUAGUUGGUCAGGAAUUUAGUGAUCGACAUGGAUUUGCUGCCCAGGGUCCUAGACGUAAGCUUAUGGCUCGUGCGCGUAACUGGUUGUUGUCCGCUGCUCUCAAACCGUAUCACUCUUGGGUUUACUGGCGUGAUGUGGAUGUUGAAACUGCCCCAGAGACUAUUAUGGAAGAUCUUAUGCGUCAUGAUAAAGAUGUUAUUGUACCCAAUGUAUAUCGCCCCCUUCCUGAGUGGUUUGGUACCACUGAACAAGCUUAUGAUUUAAAUUCUUGGUCUGAAUCAGAAACUGCCCUCCAAUUAGCCGAAACUCUUGAUGAAGAUGCUGUCAUUGUUGAAGGAUAUGCCGAAUAUGCUACAUGGCGACCUCAUUUGGCAUACCUUCGUGAUCCUAAUGGCGAUGCUAAUUCUGAAAUGAGUUUAGACGGUAUCGGUGGUGUCUCGAUCAUGUCUAAGGCAAGGGUUUACUUUGAGGGAUGUCAUUUUCCUGCUUUCUCAUUUGAACGCCAUGCUGAAACUGAGGGAUUUGGUAAAAUGGCUAAGCGCAUGGGCUUUUCUGUUGUUGGUCUACCUCAUUAUGUUAUUUGGCAUAUAUAUGAACCAAGUGAUGAAGAUAAAGUUAUUAUUGCUGAAAUGGAGAAAGAACGAAAGGAAAGAGAAACAGCCGAAAGAGAAGCGGAAGCUCAAGCUCAUCGUGCUCAGAGCGCAACUCAGCGGUAUAAUGAUAACGGGGCUGAAGAGGGUCCUUUAGCUCAUGGUAAUGACCACAGUUCCUAA